AUGGCAGUCCAUGAUGACUGCAAGCUAAAGUUCUUAGAACUCAAGGCCAAGAGGACUUAUAGGUUUAUCGUUUUCAAGAUUGAGGAGAAGCAGAAGCAAGUUGUUGUCGAGAAGCUUGGUGAGCCAGCACAAGGAUAUGAUGAUUUCACUGCCAGUCUCCCUGCUGAUGAGUGCCGAUAUGCUGUCUAUGAUUUUGAUUUUGUCACUGAAGAGCUUUGCCAGAAAAGCAGGAUUUUCUUCAUUGCUUGGUCCCCAGAUACAGCUAGGGUUAGGAGCAAGAUGAUUUAUGCUAGCUCCAAAGAGAGAUUCAAGAGGGAACUUGAUGGAAUUCAAGUAGAGUUGCAGGCAACUGAUCCUACUGAGAUGGGUCUUGAUGUCUUCAGAAGCCGCACCAAUUAAACUAUUGUAAACUAUUGUGAUUAGGAAUAGAAGGAGUUAUCAUGAAAGACUCUUUAUGGAGAUGUAUGUCUAUAUACACAAUUUGUGGAAUGGUCAACUUGGGUAAUUAUGGACUCCAUUGUUCCAGGUUUUGACAUGAAGUCUAUUACACCUUCAAAACAAGCUUCUUUUGUUCCAGUGUAUCUUGUGGUUUGUGAUUCUUACGGAAUCUGAUCUGUAUCUGAGUGGCAUUGAUUUAAUAUGGGCACUUGUCAUUUAAUAUUUUUACUGAUGACUAUUGACUUGUAUUAAUUCGGUUCCCUAUAAACUGAUAUUUUGAAGAA